CUUCAAACGCACAAAUGUUCGCCGUUUCCUUGGUAACGACAUUACGUUCGCUAAUUGCCGUCCACGUUUAAGACUAAUUUAACAGUAUGGACGUCCAGGAACGAAGUAACGCCUCUCCAGGUGUGUGGAAUUGUGGAAGCAACAUCGAAAUGGUCGACUUGGACGAGGAAAACUUUGCUAUUUCCAGCUCCUCGGCUGCUGAAUCUGCUUUUGAUGCUGUUAUAGGCUGCAUAGAGGACAUAAUCAUGGAGGAGGAGUUCCAGCAGCUUCAGCAAAAUUUCAUGGAGAAAUACUACUUAGAGUUUGACGACUCUGAUGAAAACAAACUCGUCUAUACAUCCAUCUUCAAUGAAUAUAUCGACCUGUUGGAGAAACACCUGGAGCAGCAGCUGACAGAAAGGAUCCCAGGCUUCAACAUGAACACGUUUAAUGAUCUGGUCAUACAACACAAAGAGGAGGUGCCAGGUGACAUUUUUGACAUGCUGCUGACCUUCACUGACUUCAUGGCCUUUAAGGAGAUGUUUGUGGCCUACAGAGCUGAGAAGGAAGGCAGAGGUUUAGACUGGAGCGAAGGGCUGGUGGUCACAUCUCUGGUCACGUCAGGCUGCAAAGACACCUCCGGUGAAUCCAAGUGACAGUCAGACUCAGCGAAAUCAGACGCUUUAGUUGCCUCUUUCUGUGUAAAUUGUAUGUCCGCAGGCCUUCAGAAAGUUAAUGUGUGAGAUUUUUUUUCAAUGAGACAGCGGAUUUCUGCAUACACACCCCACGCUGCAUUCAGUCUGUGCAAAUGGCUCAUAAAGAUAAAUUUAUAUGCAUUAACUUGCGGUUUAAGUGGAAGGUUGUAUGGUUUAAGAGCUUAUUUAUUGCUAAAUUGUCAGGGUUAAAGGUUUUGCCUUCCUUUGACUCCCCAACCAUCCCAUUGGGCAAAGUGAAUUCUUUACAUCAUAAAAAGAAGUUGAUUUUUUAAACUAUUGUCACACUCUUUGACUCAGAUGUAUUGGAAUGUGUUUCUAGACGUUGCUCGGUUGGGGAAAUGGAGGUCAAAACUUUGGUGCUGGUCAUCCAACUGGCUUUUUCUAUGACAGGUAACACUAGCCCUUCAGUAUACAGUAUGCAAAACAUUAUAAUAAAUGAAUGUUCGAAUCACUCUCUUCAGAAGGAAAAGAGAAUAAUUUCUGUAUUUGUAAGACAUGGCAUCUUCAGUUGUAAAUUAUUUGUUCAAGUGGGUUGAGUGAAUUUUGUGCCUGUGAAAGUGAUUUUUAAUGUACUAUGUGAGUGUUUUCUACUUGUCAUAACUCAGCCGCUGUAUUGUAAAGGUAUGUUUGUGUCACCGGUGAAAAUUGUUGAUGUCAAAUUUGUUAUUAAAUAUAGAUUUUCAAAGAAACAGCAAAA